ACAACGGGCACACUAAUUGCGCCAAGAGUAAACACGCUUAACUGUUAAAUGUAAAUAGUGCAAUUUGUGCAAAUAAAUAUCCCUGCUAUGGCCACAAAACGUGUCCUGACGCCCACUAAAUCGGAUAAUGCUUCCGCCGACAUGAUCGUUUCCAAUUGUCUAAAGAAAUUCAAGCAGCAGCUGGAUUUCCCGACGGAUGAACAGGAGAACAUCGAUUGGGGCGACGAUGCCGACUUCGAUUUGGCGGUGGCUGCUGCUGUGGAGUCCAUUAGUGACCACCGAUUGGAUCUCACCCACUGGCAGCGGUGCGAGGUGGUGCAGGUGGAGCCAGUGUCCAGGAAACAGGAGCUCAAGGUUCAAGUGAAGAGGAUUUCUGGCGGGGAUCCGGAGACGGCUGUUUGCCGACUGGACCCACCGUGGAAUCACAUGAGUUUGGAGGUGGGUGACACUGUCUCCUUGAUGGGCAAAUGGCAGCCGUCUGCAGGUUGCUAUGUGGUCGACAAGGAGCAGGGCUACUGCGUCUCCCAUCCGGAUUUCCUCAUAUCCGGCACCACAGUCACCGGUUCACUCUUCUGCCGCCGGAAAUCGGUGCUCCAGGAGCGUUUCCGGGGUCUGGAUCCCGGGAACUCUGUGAUGCUUAUUGGCACUCUGGUGCACGAGUUACUACAGAAGGUUCUUCGCCAGAAGCUUUCCGCCAAGCAACACAUCCAAUCUGCCCUCCAGGAGAUGCUAACCAGCUCUUCUUUGGCCCAGUUGCUCUAUGCCAGCAAUCUCAGUCAGCCGGAAAUCGAAAUACAGCUGCAGAAUUUCAUCGAUCCCAUCGUCAGCUUUGUGGCCCAAUAUGUAAAAGGUGAAACGCCGGCAGUUUUGGAACCAGAAACCUAUCGUGGCCGCAUCCACGAGAUACGCGACAUAGAGGAGAACCUCUGGGUUCCCCAAUUGGGACUCAAGGGGAAGGUGGAUGUCUCUGUGAGGGUGAGAAAUCAAAGGAAGGAAGAGAUUAUCCCCCUGGAACUCAAGACUGGCCGAGCCAGCUUCUCCAUGGAGCACAAGGGGCAACUGCUGCUCUACCAACUGAUGCACUCCGCCCAGGGUAGAGAUACCCAGUCGGGAUUGCUGCUGUACCUCAGGGAGGGCAUCCUACGAGAGGUUCCCAGCGGCAGAAACGAACAGAGGGAUCUCGUACUGCUCAGGAACGAUUUGGCGCACUGGCUAACACGGAAAAUAGCCAUUCCAGCUGGCAAGGAAGAUCCGCUGGAGCAAAUGCAGCUGCCGGAACCCAUUUACCAUCACAGCGCAUGUGGUAACUGCGCCUACAACACCAUCUGUUCCAGUUUCGCCAAACACGAUUGCAGUUUAGAACUCAGUGACUCACAUCCCCUCAAGAAACUUAUGCCACAACUAUUGGGGCACCUCAAGGAGCCAGAUCACGCCUAUGUGCAGCACUGGUGUGGAUUGCUGGCCUUAGAGGAGCAGCACAAUCGUCAGUCCUCGCAAUUAAGAUCCUUUUGGACGGAGGAUCCUGUGAAGAGGCAAAAACAGGGUACAGCCAUUGGUAAGCUGAGGCUCGUGAAGGGUCAAAAAGUGAUAUUCGAUGAGGGACGCUAUCGUCAGAGCCUGGAGCUCAGUGAAGAAGCAGAUGGUAGUCUGGAUCUAAGCCUCAGUGGGUUCGACGUAGGAGAAUAUGUGGUGAUUAGUUCUAGUUCUCGCCUUGCCAUUGCCUCUGGUUUUAUUGUAUCGUUGGAAGCUCGUUGCUUAGAUCUCCGCCUGGAGCGCGAUCUUAGCCAGCAUUAUGCCCAGGAAACCUUCGUGAUGGACAAGCAUGAGUCGCAGUCCUUUGCCACUUUUAAUUUUACCAAUCUUGGACUGCUGCUCUCCGAUGGUGAGCGUUUCCAGGAGCUGAGAGAUAUAAUAGUGGCCAAGAAGCCACCCGAGCAGCACAAAGUUGUGCCCAAGAUCAUUCUCACCAAAGGAGCAUCCAUGCUGGUGCAGCUAAACAAGGUACAAAAGAUGGCUGCAUUGCGAGCUCUGACCACCAGCAGCCAUCUGUUGAUUAAGGGUCUCCCUGGCACUGGUAAAACGCAGACUUUGGUUUCCCUGGUCAGACUGCUUCAUCUCCUCGGGAAAACUGUGCUCAUCACGGCCCAAACUCACUCGGCUGUGGACAAUCUCCUGCUGCGACUGCUGCCCUUCGAUUUGCCAAUGAUGAGAUUGGGUUCUAGGUCCAGGAUUCUUCCCCAACUGGAGGAGAUCAGCGAAGAAAGGCUGACGAAGGACUGCAAAACAGUGGAGGAAUUGGAGAAGGCUCUGGCACAACCAGCCAUUGUGGGCGUGACCUGUCUGGGAGCUGGACACCCGAUCUUCCAGCGUCGCCAGUUCGAUUAUUGCAUCGUAGAUGAGGCCACCCAGGUGUUGCAGCCCACUGUGCUGCGCCCAUUGUUUUACUGCAGCAAAUUUGUCCUCGUUGGAGACCCUGAGCAGUUACCGCCGAUUAUCAGAUCCAAGGAAGCCCGUCAAAGGGGCGCGGAUGAAACCCUCUUUCAGCGAUUGGACUCGGAGCAAGCCACCGCCGUUUUGAGCAUGCAAUACCGCAUGAACAAGACCAUCACCCGGCUGGCCAAUGAGCUCACUUAUGGCGGAGACCUUAAAUGUGCCUCGGAGGAGGUUUCCGCCGCCAGAUUUCAAGUGGACGUAUCAUCACAAGCACCAAGGUGGGUUCAUCGUGCAUUGCAAACUCAUAUAGAACAGGCUGUAACCCUGAUAAAUACAGGAGAUUGCUUGGAACGCUGCCAGGAAUUGGUUCAGGCAUCCCAGCAACUGGUCGCCACAUGCUCCUCCAUAGAGCAAAGCUUUGGAGAAGACAAAGAGGAGAGUAGAAAGCAGACCAAGAGAAGAGUAUCGAAGUACACAAACUACUGUGAAGCGGGCAUAGUGAUGCAGUUGCUCAGGCAAUUACUGAAAUCAGGCUUUGAAGCAUCCAGGAUUGGAGUGAUAGCUCCCUAUCGCGCCCAGGUAGAGCUCCUCAAGAAGCUAGCCGCCAAACUGGACUCCGCCUUGGAAUGCAACACUGUGGAUCAGUUCCAAGGCAGGGAUAAAAAUAUUAUAAUAUACAGCUGCUCGAAAACGGGAGGCGAAUGCUAUGAUAUGGAACGCUCGCGAGAGGCAGAGAUCCUGGAGGAUCAGCGCCGCCUUACAGUGGCCAUCACCCGUGCCAAAAACAAGCUAAUCCUGCUGGGGGAUAUCCAGUGCCUAGAGCAAUAUGGCCCCUUCCGGCGACUCUUUAAGCACAUCCCGGAGCGAUGUCGCCUUAAGUUGGAGGAUGGCCGCAUGGAGUUCGACUGGCAGCAGAUCCAGGAGGAUCUUGCUAGUCUGAUGGAGGCCUAGGUAAUUACUUUAUUUAUCUUAAUUAUUUCGAACAUUGGCAUGCUAAAUUAACUAUGCUAAUGAAGAUAAUAUCCUUUUAAACAUUUAGUCAUUAACAAAUUAUACAAAAAACGUCUUUUUGAAUAGGUUAUUAUAUGUUUUCCUUUAAAAUACUCUUAUAUAUUCAUUUCUUAUUCUUAAUGCUUAAUUUUAAUUUUGUGUUUUGUUAAAAAUUAAUUAUUUAUUUAUAUUCACCUAAACUUCAUAAGCUAUGCCAAAUAAUAUUUUUGUGGGCCUUAAGCCUUAAUAACUGAUUAUUUUUUAGAGUCCUUACUUAAAGCAUUUAUUGUUGAGACUUGUAUACAAUUCAAAUAAAACGUAAAGAGAUUUUCUAA